AUGUAUUUUUUUCUUCUACUUUCGUUAACAACGAAAACAGCUGUUGGCUAUCAUGAUUAUUUGAAAUAUACCGGCAUUACCAAACCAUUAUCAAAUAUAUUUUAUGUACUCUUGUUUACUUCAGUAUUGAUAGCCAUAGUUGGUGCUUGUAUUGCUAUCGGCCUUCAACUAAUCGCUCAUAAGAAUGUUAUUCUUAUUUCACCAGCUCUUGACAUUACAAGUUGUAAAUUUUCCGAAUCAUAUGUCUAUUUUUUUAUUACAAUACCAAUUUCAAUAUUUAUUUUAAUCAAUAUUCUCAUGAUUAUUCUUGUUGCAAAACAUAUUGUACCGAAUUCAGAAACAUUAAAAUUAUCAAUUAUUCAAAAAUCUAAACGUAGAAAACAUGUUGUUCUACUUAUAUUGGCCAGUUGUGCUACACAAGGUAUUGCUUGGCUAACGUGUUGUUGUAUGUUUAUGCCAUUUCUAACAAAAAUUCCAUUACCAAUAUGUUUCAUGCAAUGGAUAACUCUCAUUUGUAUUUGUAUAUCCGAAGGAAUAUGGACGAUUAUUGUUUAUGCUAUUAUUCUAAAAAAAAAGCAAAAAUGUAAAUGUGAAAGUAAAGUGUCGUCUAAACCCUUACGGAUAAUCUCUACUGUAAAUAUUGAGAAAUAA